UGUGGGUAUGCAUAAAACAAGAUAUAGAUUCAUAUUAUGAUAAUGUAAUUUGUGAGCAACUGAAAAGCGAUGAAGAGAAUGUCAGAUUCCUAUUCAUACAGCAAAUUGUAUUGCCCACUGACGAAAUCUAGCAACUGAUGUUUCCUUCGCAGGCAUAACACACAGUUCAUAACACCGAACUUGUUUUCUCAAAACAAGAGGUAAGUCCGAUAUGUCGUGCGGCUUGCCAGUUUCCCUCGUAUCUUAUAGUAUAUAGCUAUAACUUUCCGUGUGCAGACAACGUACUUGCAGACAGAAACUUGCGCAAUAUUAUUUUUCUAUUGCCAUGGAUAUUAGAAACAACAGCUACCCACUUUUAAGAAGGACGGUGUCCGUUUCGAAUCAGUGCAGAUACAUAUGUUAUGGUUGUCCAUUUGUAAAAGAUUUGCUGAUUAAGGAAUUGUUCACCCGUGGCCUACUUUGGACACCGCAUUUAUACGAUCAUAUCAGUGUGCAACAUUUCAUGCCAUAUGAAACUACUCGAAAUAUAUUACUUCGGGUGUCUGUAAGAUGCAGCCAGAUGCAAAAUCACUUCCAAUUCAUCGCCAAAUUACCGAAAGCCAGACCGGAGGAGUCGAAACACAAUCAUUCGUUCCGGAACGAAGUGCUGUUCUAUAGUAUCAGGAAAAAUUUCAGAAAUAGAAUAUUUCCAAACUGUUACUUCGGCAAUCAUUCUCCGCUUAAAUCUGCGCACCCGGUUGUCGUACUGGAGGAUCUGACUAAGUGCGGUUUCGCGCCAUUUGAACGUAAAUUAAACAAGUCACGCCUGAUAAUCUGUGUGAAAUUAUUGGCAACAUUCCAUGCUAAUACAUACAGACUACAGAAGGAAAACAAUAAUAUUUAUGUAUUUUCUCUUUUCGAAAUAUUGAAGAGGGAAAGUAAAAAAGAAAGGAUCGAACAACGGAAGGAAAGAGUCAGGGUCUUUCUGAGUAGUACAAUAAUGUCCGAACUCGACAACGUUCUUAGAACAAAAAUAAAGCGGAAACUGAAGAAAGUGGAACUGUUGAAGACGGAUAUCGCUUCGACUAUUAUUCAUGGUUGUUUCACGCGAUCCAACAUAUUUGUCAAAUAUGAUGAUCAGGGAUGCCGUACAAAGUUGAUCGAUUUUCAAGCGAUAAAAUAUGACUCGCCGUCAAUCGAUUUCGGCCGUAUUUUUCUCACUAAUCUGCCUAAUGAACAUAACGUAUCAAAACUCGAAAAUAUGUUCAAGAUCAUACUGCACACUUAUUUAGAGAAGUUAAAAAAAGACUAUCCGCGGGUGAUUUUUACGCUUGUGCGACAGGACAUUGUACACAACAUGAUACUCUCAUAUAUUAAUCUGAACGAUGAAGAGAAAGAAGCAAUAGAAAAUCAUAAACCGAUACUGCAUAUGCUUAAUAAAAUCGGCAGCUUUGAUUGAAACCGUUUUUGACCACGUUUAUUUCUUGUGAAUCUGACAUUUAUUGUUUACGGAGAAUAUAUGCAAAGUUUUUAUUGACACUGCAUUCUUGCUAAGGUAACCCAUUUGGAAUUUAGUACUUUGACUAAUUUCGUGCCAAAAUACAAGUCAAUAAAAUUAUGUUCACGUUAAACCAAGUUUUUUUCAGAUAUGUAGUAAACGCUAAUCACAAUAGAACUUUAAGUAGACGAUUUGUCAGAACUUUUAUAGAAAAAGUGAUAACAUCAGAAUUUGUAGAGAAUAUAUAAAAAAUAUGAAAUUAGCAUAAGCAAACUAUUAACUAAAUAUUAAUAUUUAUUAUUAAUUAAUGUUGUUUGAUGUUACAUACUGAUGUAAAAGCUUUCUAUUUUCAGUAUAUAUUCUGUACUGAUUCUGAUAGCAUCAUACGUGACAAGCACGUCAUUACGACGUCACUACUAUAUCUUGUGCACGUCUACCCGACGUGCUUGCGACUUCUGUGCAAGCAGGGGAAUAUUAGAACAAUAGAUCUUUUGCAUUUUGCUCCAACUCUAUUCACACGAGAGCCGAUUUUACGAUAUUGUCGCGAGAUUCAACCGUGGUAUUUUCUAGUUCAGCCAAUAUAUUUUGUUAAUGCAAAAUGAAAAUGGACAAAUACAAAUACGCUUAUUUCUAUGCACGAUGUUAUCGGCGUUUCAAACAAAUAAAUGCUUCACUGAAUAUGUAUGGAGAACAUUUAGCAGAGAAUCAUCCUCCGCAAAACCGGAUAAAGUUAGAAAUAUGAAAUUAUAUAUAUACACAUAUAUAUAUAUAAACUUAUUCUGUCAAUUAUUCUUUCAAUUCAAUUGUUCUAGAUUCUAUUUUUAAUACUUGUAACGAACAUUCUCACAAUUAUAACUUUGCUUUUGAUUUUUACCAAUUAUGUUAUCUUAUUGAACUUAAUAAACUUUAAUCUUUCAAUGCAUACUAUAUGAUAAGAGUUUUAUUGUUUAUUAAUCCUUUUUAUUUUAACAAUUUUUUGCAAGUGCGAGGUUCGAUUUGUAUAUUCGAUAUAUUUAUAUGAAUAAGAUUUAUCUACUAAAGCUCGAUAGAUCCUUAUAGAUCUAUCUACCUAUCGGAACAAAAAAACAAAACGAAGCGACACAUAUGUAUUUGGAAUAUAUAUUAAAGCGCGAUAAUGCUUGUAUUUAGGUAACCGUUUACAAACAUUAGUUCUACAAACCUUUUCAAGCUUUAAUAUGUCAUUUCCAUUAGACAGAUUAGUAAUCAAAAUGCAGUCGAAAUCGAUCACCGAUGAAUCUAACAUUACUGCUUUAAAAUUGAUAAAUUUUAGUUUUGUUUUGUUAGUCUCAUCAUUUGUAGAAUAUUUUAUUGCUCUUAUUAUUAAAUUCUGCAGAAGGUUGCUCUGUGAGCAGCAAAAUCGGAAGAUUUUACUAGUUGUGUGUUAAAGAAAUUGAGCCUUUAUUACGAAAUAAUUUAUACAUUGAACAUAUUCUAGAGAAGAUUAUUUCUAAAUUAAUACAUGAUACGCGUUGGAUAUUUCUGAUGUUGAUAAAUCUUCAAUUCAAACAUUGCAGAAGCAAUUUAAGAUGUGAGAAGGAUAGAAAUAAAGUACGCAACGACAAUUGCCAUUCAAUGUAUGGUUUUAUAUCAUAAUGUUAUUACAGAAAUGGUAUUUCAUAAUAAUUAAAAGUAAUAGUAGUUUUAUUGAUGAAUCACUCGUGCGGGUGCGCUGACGGAUUGACCUUAUUGCGCCACCGCCUUUCGGGAUGUCGACGUUCACGUCAAUCGACGAGCGCACACGUAUUUUUUUUUCUUUUGUUCAAUUACAUUUUCUUUUUGCAUCAAAUCUUCCCUUUUUUCUUUUCUCGUCAUUAUCAUUAUUAUCAUCAUACAUAAUGGAAAAAAAUGUUACAUUUGUACAGCCAUCAUAUACAUGUUACAUUUAGAAUACCGUUAAUCCAUUAUCCACUUUUUUGUCUCGUUAAACGUGUGUGUAUGGAGAGAGUAUCAUGUGUGUCUCCUUUUCUUUUUCCUUUCGGUGUGUAUGUACGUGUAUAUACGUGUAUGUAUAUGUAUAUCUUGGCGUGUGAAUAUGCCUACUUAAUGAGAGUGAAAUGCUAUUUAGUCUCAACACAAACUACACCAGCACGGCUCUCUGCAUCGCACAGUCGAUCGCUAGGAGGUGGAUUUUCGAUGAGAAAUUUUGCCAAACUCACAAGUUUAUCUUUUUACGUCGGAAUAACGAAUAUACCCAGAAUAACAAUCGGAGAAUCAAGUGUUGAAGGUAGAGAAACGUGAAAUUUCAAGUAUAUAUAUGUACACGAUUACGUUUUCAGCCUCCUGAUAACGACCAAUGUAGAUUGCCCUACGUGCAAUUUGUAUCAAAUCUAGAGUGUGACAAAGAGCGAAAGAGCGAGAGAGAGAGAUAGGUGAGACAAUAAAUAAGAUCUAAAAGUAGGUAUUCUUCGCUGCGUACAAAAAAAAAAACAGAUAAAACUCAAGCAAGACGAAAGCAAUACACGUGUGUAAUUAUCAUUAAACGAUUAAUUCAAUACAAUAAUCGCUGCGUCUACUUAAUCGUAAAUACGUAGCCGUUUGCGCAGCACGAGAACGAAUAUUAUUUAUCACUAUACUCAAGUAUGUAUAACUUUCCUUAAUUGAUUAUAUUUAUAACAUUAUUUACUUUUUAUUAUUUCGAUGCGCGGCGAACCGCUACCGAGACGAUCCUACAAGAUAAUAACUCGAUAGAUCUCUAGUCCUCAGUGUCGUGUACGUGUGUCGGUGUAGUACGUGUGUAUACGUGUAAAAUGCAAUUACAUUGUCGCGGCUUUUUUUACCGAGAGAGAGAGAGGGAGAAAAUAAAAAUAUAAAUCGUACAUUGAACCCGAUAGACGGACAACGUGCACGGAAAAUGACGCAACUGCCUCCGAAUAAUAGAAUAAUAAAUAAUCAAUUGAACUACAAAAUUGAAAUACGGACGCACGAUCGAACAAAAGUGAAAACGUAUUUGUAGAACAAUUCGUAGAACGAAACGAGAUUGUCGCGCAAGCGGACGAGACGAAAUGUGCACGAUGGAUUCACACACGAGAUACGUAAAGAAUCAAUGAAAAUUGUAGGACGUAAAGGUAAAAAAUCAAAUAAAAUCGAAAUCUGUUAAUUGUAAAACGACUAAACGAUCGAUUACGACGAUUUCGUGACACACUCCAAUUGCUGUUUCUUCGAAUCAUCUGAAUUCUAUUAACGCAUGCUGCCGAUAAUGUAAAGCAGAAAGGACCGAUUGCAGACGUGUGACAAGUGAUUGCGUGUGCUUAUUCCACGUUACGCCGUCACCGCGAAUACAGAAUGCGAAUAAACCGAGGAAAGUCGAACAAAACGGAAAAAAAAGAAAAAACUGACGACAGGCGAGUUGCUGCAUUUGCCCAGUCUCGUUCGAACGAGAGAAAAUUCGAGAAUUUGGCGAGCGUGUGCGAAUGUGGUUUUCCGUUUUCUUUUUUUUUUGUGUCAUCAUCACGAUCGUGUUUUACCGUGUCUCGUAAAGUGGCGGGAUAA